GCGACCCGUAGUGCUCCCCUUUCCCGCCUUCCUAUUAGAUGAAAGGAAGAAAGGGAAAAGCCCCGCCCCUCGCUCGGCUGCUGGUGGCGAGGGCUUCGGGUCUUCUCGCUAGUCUCGUGGGGUUCCGCGGUGUAGUCGCUGACUGUGAGCGUCAUUUCCGGGCGUCACGUAACGGAGUGGCCAACGUCCUGCAGAGCAACAUGCCCAAGUUUUAUUGUGACUACUGCGAUACAUACCUCACCCAUGACUCUCCAUCUGUGAGAAAGACACACUGCAGUGGAAGGAAACACAAAGAGAAUGUGAAAGACUAUUAUCAGAAAUGGAUGGAAGAGCAGGCUCAGAGCCUGAUUGACAAAACAACGGCUGCAUUUCAACAAGGAAAGAUACCUCCUACUCCAUUCUCUGCUCCUCCUCCUGCAGGGGCGAUGAUACCACCUCCCCCCAGCCUUCCGGGUCCUCCUCGCCCUGGUAUGAUGCCAGCACCCCAUAUGGGGGGCCCUCCCAUGAUGCCAAUGAUGGGCCCUCCUCCUCCUGGGAUGAUGCCAGUGGGACCUGCUCCUGGAAUGAGGCCGCCCAUGGGAGGCCACAUGCCAAUGAUGCCUGGGCCCCCAAUGAUGAGACCUCCUGCCCGUCCCAUGAUGGUGCCCACUCGGCCCGGAAUGACUCGACCAGACAGAUAAGGAUAGAGGGGAGGCCUCAUUGUAUCAGUUUUAUAUUACCUGUUCUGCUUCACCAGGAGAUCAUGCUGCUGUAAUACUGAGUUUUCUAAACAGCAUAGGGAAGACUUGCUCCCCUGUCCUAUCAGAGAAUAGUUUUGGAGGGGAGAAGUAGGACAAAAAAGAUGCAGUUUUCAUUUAUAUUGGGAAAUGUGAAAAUAAAAUUGUCAACUCUUUCUUUU